AAAUGUUUGACAUUUGUUUUGUGCCGCUCAGAUGCUGAAGAAGAUUUCCUCCAAAGAAGCUCUGGAGGACCAAUCCACGGCCGAGCUGGACGCGCUGAAGCACAGAGACUGGGCUCGUCUGUGGGUGCAGCUGAUGAAGGAGCUGAGGCAGGGGGUGAAGCUGAAGAAGGUCCAGGAGCAGCCGUUCAACCCGCUGCCCACCGAGUUCAGCCUGACGCCCUUCGAGAUGCUGAUGCAGGACAUCCGAGCUCGCAAGUUCCAGCUUCGCAAAGUCAUGGUGGACGGUGAUAUUCCUACCAGAGUGAAGAGAAGCGCCCAUGAGCUGAUCCUGGACUUCAUCAGAUCCAGACCUCCUCUUAAACCUGUCUCAGAGCGCAGCCUUCCUCCUCCUCCUCCGCGGGAGCCUUCGCUUCAUGACCGGAUUCUGGCAGAGAUCAAGCAGGAGAGGAAGCUCAGGCCUGUGGUGCCGCACACCGCCAGGCCAUUCGGCUCGCUGCCCUGUCUGGCUCAGACGUGUCCUUGCAAUGUCAAAUCUACGUCAUGCAUCGAUCUGUCUGUGUCGGAGCCCCGGCCGUCGCUGCGGCCUCGCAUCCUGCUCAAGGCCCCGACGCUGGCGGAGAUGGAGGAGAUGAGCAUCUCUGAGGAAGAGGAGUCCCCGGACAGCGGGGACAUGAGGAGGACUGAGAGCUCUCCGGCGCCGCUGAAAAGAGACCGAUCGUUUUCGGAGCAGGACCUGGCCUUCCUCCGCGGGGACAUGCUUCCCUCGCUGUCGGAGUCAGCCCAGCUGGGCGAGACGGUCAGACUGCAGGACGUGAGGCCGCGGUCCAGAACGCUGACUGGUGCCGGAGCGCCUCCUUAUCACCGAGCUUCCUUCCCCGUCUACGGCUGGGCGCCGCCGUCUCCCGCUCGCCUGUCUCUGAGUUCGGUCGACGAGGCCACGGAGGGCCUCGAGACGACAACGGACUCCAGAAGCGGAGACCAGUGGAUGGAGGAGUUCAGCCACCCCGUUGAGAGUCUGGCCCUUACGCUGGACGAGAUCAUCAACGUGCGUCGAGUACUCGUCAAGGCAGAAAUGGAGAAAUAUCUUCAGAGCAAGGAGUUGUACAGCAACCUGAAGCGAGGAAAGGUUUGCUGCUGCUGCAGAGUGAGAUUCCCUCUCUUCUCGUGGCCAUCUACGUGCUUACUGUGCAAAAGGUCAGUGUGUGGCUCUUGUAGUGCAAAGAUGAAGAUUCCCUCCAAGAAGAUGGCUCAUAUUCCUGUGUACACGGUGGGAUUUCACAGCACCCCAAAAGGCCAUGAACACAAAAGCCAAGUCUACAAAUCCCUGCGGACUCUGUCCCGCCACUCGGUGGAGGAGGAGUUCCCGCACCUGUACGCUCACGGCUGCACGCUGCGCGACAUCUGCGCCGAAUGCACAAAGUUUGUCGCCGACGUCAUCUCCUCCAGCCGCCGGAGCCUGGACAUCCUCAACAACACUCCAAAGAGAGAGGCCAAAGCCGCUCAGAGGCCACAGCUGCAGCGGCAGUCCAACUUCGAGGCUUCGCCUCAACCAAAUCACCAUCACCACCAACCACCUUCAUCGCAGCUCCACCGCAGCGAGACGGUCCGCAGCACGAAGCAAUGACUGGCUCAGACUCUGACCUCACUGUGCACACCGUUUGUAUUUAAAGAAGGGAGGGCUCUGCGAGGGUUUGCGGCGUGUCUUAAUGAUCAUAUAAUCCAGUAAAGGUGCUUCAAAGUUAAUUUUGCUGGGUUGGAGCAUUAAAUGUAUCAUUUAAUAGUCGAGUUUAGGUCUAAAAGAUAAAAAAAAAAUCACUGAAGCUGUUAAGAACUCUUUAGCAAGAAUGUAGACAUGCCAGCUUUUUUGCACAACUGCUUUACCUUCCUUAUCUCACCAUCUUCACUCUCAACACACUUGUUGACUUAAAUCUCUCUCUCUUUCUGCAUCUGCCCUAUCUGCUGCACCAAACCUUCACUCGUCACUCACGCAUUUUGGGGCGGGAGGGGUUCAAUCAGAGGCGGGGAGCGCUGGAGGUCGAGAGGCAGGGCUUUGCGAGGUUAAAAAGCUGUGCAGUGUUGCAUUAGCGUUUAACUCUAAUGGGUUGCCUUGUUUUUGUCCUGAAUGUACCUUACAAGAACAAAAUUGUAAACUUAAUAGCUUGUAAACAAUAAAAUAUUUAUUUUUAACCGUUAAAAAGGGGAGUUGAAAACAAUCUGCUGCUGCGUAACGAGGCCUCUCUGGCGACGCUUGUGAAGACCCCAGACCUGCAGCGGGGUGGGGAGGGUUAGGUUCGGGGGGGGCGGGAAACGUCAGCGACACUGUGAAUGUAACCGGGUGAAGCUGCGGGCCGCACCUUUAGCCGACGUUAGCAUGACUAGAGAGGCGAGCAGGUGAAUCUCCCGCCUCUCUCACUUCCCACAUGGACGCUUUGCAAUCUGUUCUGGUUUUGUAAACACAAAGUGAACCUCGGCUGCAAUAAAGAUCCAGUGACAAAACACGACCAGUGCUGCAUCUGCGAGUUUUUUACUGUGGGCUCACCAAACAACAGAGGAGCACAGCUGUCCUGCAGUAGCACAAAUUUGACUGAUCAGAAAGAGCAGUUGGUACGUUGCAGUGAGCGUUUUGGAGUAAAGAGUGGCUCACUCUUUAAUGUCUGUUCAAGGCUGCUGCUUUUUGUUAAUGUUUUUGUUUCAGUACUUUUGCGGUGAUGUUUAGAUGGCUAGAAGGAGGUAUUUGACCUUCUGGGCUUCCUGGGUUUUGGUGCUCUGCAUGGGUGAAAAGUUGGCAGCAAAAUAUGCAAGAUAUUUUGGUUAAUUUUAUGUGUAAUGUUAUUUAUAGACUGUUCUACCUGUGUCUCUCAGUUGCAACAAAAAA